CCCCCGACCUGUGAUGUAGAAGUUUGGUCCUGCUGAGGGGAGGCUGUAGUAUUGCGGUGUCUCUUUAAAGGAAGGGGGAGUGUAGCAGGGGACAGAGGAACGAGAUGAAUAGAAGGCACCAGAACCACCUACCAUGACCAAGUGCGCUGUAAAUGUAGGACAGAAAUUCGAGUGGAACACAAGCGGAUCGUCGGGCGACAGAUUCGGGGAAAUAAAAACAUGUUCGGAUGCGCCUCACCGUCUGACUCCAGCGUUUUCACCCGCGGCACCACAUGCGAUCAUGGGCGCACAGGAGAAGUCUUUAUCCUCCCAAACAUUUCUUGCGUUUUGAGGCGGAAGAGAAGAGUGGCAGCAGAACACGUCCCCGUGCUCUCCGAUUAUCAAUGGAAGGACUUGCAGACAGUAGCCGGGGGGGAUGAUGCAUUUGACGCUGGAUGUGUGCUGCAUUCAGGGAGAUUCGCCAGUGAUCGCGGCUCAGGCAGGAACAGCGAGUGCGGAGGGCCUGGGAAGCACCCAGCCCCACGAUCUCCCCCUUUUCCUCCCCCCCUGCAGGACCAUGCUUGCGUGAGGGAUGAGGCUGUGCACGGGGACACCAGGCCAGAGCUGCGGCCUACUUCUCACAAGAGCCGGUCUCCCGACUGCAAGACCCGUGAACACAUCGCCACCACCAUCGAAUCAGCAUCUUUGUUGUGUCUCUCUGCCUGCUCUGUGUCUUUUACUUCCCGCCUCCUGUGUUCCUCUGUCUAGGUCAUCAGGUAGAUCCAGGAGCAUGAGCAGGACUUUGAGCUGCGGGAGCAGAUGUCUGGGUAUAAGCGCAUGCGGCGGCAGCACCAGAAGCAGCUGAUCGCCCUGGAGAACAGGCUAAAGGCCGAGAUGGAUGAGCAUAGGCUCCGGCUGCAGAAAGAACUAGAGACACAUGCGAACAACACUUACAUUGAGCUGGAAAGACUGGCCAAGCGGCACGCUGCUCAAACGGACAAAGAGAUGAAGUCAGUUGCAUCAGAAGAGAGGAGGAUCCAGCAACAGAUUGUUGCUCAGCAGAAGAAAGAGCUGACGUCUUUCUUAGACAGCCAGAAAAAGGAGUACAGGCUUUGCAAAGACAAGAUCAAAGAAGAGAUGAGUGAAGACCCUUGCACACCCAAGGAGGAGAAGCAGGAGCGUCUGUCCAGGCACAAAGAAACAAUGCAGCGCUCUCAGGCUGAGGAGGAAGCUCACCUGCUGGCCCAGCAGAGGCUGGUCUACGACCGGAGCUGCAGGGCCCUCAAACGCCGGAGUCUGUUCAGGAAGCACGAGUUUGAACAGGAGCAACUGAGAGAGGAGCUGAACAAGAAGAGGACCCAGAAGGAGAUGGAGCAUGCCCUGAUGAUCCGGCAGGACGAGUCCACACAGGACCUGGAGCGCAGGCAGCUGCAGAUGCUGCAGAAGCUGCGCAUUGAACUCAUGCGGCUGCAGCAUCAGACGGAGCUGGAGAACCAGGAGGAGUACAACGGCCGGCGGCAGAGGGAGCUGCACAGGAAACACAGUCUGGAGCAGCGGCAGCAGCCCAGAAACCUCAAGGCGCUGGAGAUGCAGAUCAAGAAACAGUUCCAGGACACUUGCAAGGUGCAGAACAAGCAGUACAAAGCUCUUCGGAACCAUCAGCUGGAGGUCUGUCCCAAGGGCGACCACAAGAACAUCCUGAAAUGCCUGAAAGAGGAGCAGACGCGCAAGCUGGCCGUGCUGGCCGAGCAGUACGAGCAGAGCAUCAACGAGAUGAUGGCGUCACAAGCGAUGCGACUGGAUGAGGAGCAGGACGCCGAGUGCCAAGCUCUGAAGCAGCAGCUGAAGCAGGAGAUGGAGCUGCUGGACGCCUACCAGAGAAAAACCAAGUCGCAGAUGGAGGCCCAACACGAGCGAGAGCAGCAGAAACUGGAGCAGAAGGUCUCCAUACGCAGAGCGCACCUUGAACAGAAGAUUGAGGAGGAACUGGCCGCACUUCAGAAGGAACGUACUGAGAGGAUCAAGCACUUGUUGGAACGUCAGGACAGAGAAAUGAACACCUUUGACUCAGAAAGUAGAAGUCUCGGCUUCGGAAGCCUGGGAUCUCUGGACUUCGCCAAAGAAGACAACAGAUGAAAGUGGACUUAUCUCUGGAGGAGAACAUAUCCACGCCCCCUUUUCACGUCCACCCCGCCGCUGGUCGCGCCCCACGGUGACGAAGCUGGAUAACUUUCUCUUAUUGCUUUUUCUUCUCUCGCAGAUAUUGCAUCUUUGAAUCGAGGUGUCUCGUGCAAUGAGAACUUCUUUUGUGAAACUUGAAGGGGGAAAGUAAAACAAAAGAAGCAACAACAACAACAACAACAUGUCAAUAAAAAUCAAACCUAGUCAGUGUAACUCAAAACCUACGUGUUCAAAACAAACAACAGACUCUUUUUUCUUUUGGUUUUCCUCCAUGCCAUUUCCUCCUUUUGGUAUGAAAUGAAUAAAUCAGGAAAUUUUAGUAAAAUGGGCACUUUGAUAUGUUUAAGUAGAAACCCAUCAUGUUCAUAUGAUGCUAAAUGUGUGUGUUACAUGGAGGGACAUUGUGGAAUGUGAGCUGCGGACUCCCCCGUGGUGUUAAGCUGCUUUGUCUUUUAAUUUACGAGGUUAAUUUCAUUUAGUUUUAUUUAUUUUAUGCUCUGAAUGUGGAUAAUAUUACUGUAUGGGGUCACUGGAUAAAGUCAGAGUUUAUUCAUUAUUUUUAUUUUUUUUACAUUUUCUUCGGUCAUACUUCCAUAUUGUGCUUAUGCAUACAGUAUACUGUGGUCCCUCACUUUUCUAGGCAACAGUUUUUUUUAUUUGAUAUGUAGGAUCGAUUGGCAUCAGCUUGAUCAGCCCGUUUCUCUUUAUCACAAUUCAAGAUCCCACUUGGUAAAACUGCUUAUUAUUGCAUGCACUUUAAGGACAAAUUCAGGUUGUGAAGUGAAGCAUGAAUCUGUCAGAGAUUUUAGCUGUUUGUAAAUAAAAGUGGUCAUAGCAUUUUUUUUUUUUUCAGUUUUCGUUUAAAGCCUAUGGGUACUGGACAUGAGCUCCAUAUUUGAUAUGAUAAUUUCACAAAUGCCUUUAUUUAAGUUGUGCCUGAAGCAGAUUUGAGUUUUUUUGUGUUUCUCUAUGUUUUAUUUCCUGAGGCCGGCACCAUUUUUUGUUUUGGUUUCAUCUAAACUUUGUGAAUCAUUUAAUGUUCACUAAUCAAAGUUCUUGUAAAGGAAAAAUGGUGAGAAUUGUGCUGUAUAACUUUUGAUAUCAAUAUUUGUACAUGAGAAUAAUAGCUAGGACACACAGAGACACUGGUCUAUUACCGAUAGCAGAGCUUAACGAUAAAGGUUUUUGCUUCGUUUUUGUUUUAUAACAUGAAGAUACGGUCAAACGAUAGCUCAGUAUAUUGCUAAGUGGAAAUCACUAGACUCUCAGAUUGUAUAAAUGCUGGUGAAUGGAACCACAGACUUCUUGUAAUAUCAUUCCGAUUGAUCUUUUAUCGAUCAGCGGUUCUAGAAAAAGGAAAAAAAACACAACACUUGAAUCCAGAUUGCAUUUGAGUGAUUUGUGUCUAAUGAUCAGAUUUACAUAUUUUUUUGCCAUGUUCAUUAAGGUCAUUGAACAGGUUGCACAAUGUUUCCAUUUAUACCGAAUGGGACGAUAAUUGUUUGGUGCUUAAUUUCUAAUACCACAUUUAGCCUUGUAGUUUUGUGUCUUGGAGAGAGACGAUUGAUUUUUACAAAAUGUGAACAUGAAGCAUUUUGAAGCCCCCCCUCCUCCCUCCCUCCCUC